CCUAAGACUCUGUGCUGCUGAGAUCUCGCCGCGCGCACAAGCGACUCAUCGAUCCCCACUCACAGCAUCUUGCACACCAGCGCGAGAGGGGGAUAAAACUUUCCUUAAACUUUUUUUUUUUUUUUUUUAAUCGCCAAAUCUCACUUCUCACACAAAGCCGAGGAACAUUUUAGAAACAUUUGAAGUAGUAACUUGGCUUUACGACAAGGUUUGAACAUGCGCGCGCGUUGGUAGCGCUGGUCUUUUGCAGCGUUGCUCUUGUUUUUUCUUAGAAAAGUCAUUUAAAGAAGAGCGCAAAGUCCUGACUACUUGACUGUUUGUUUUUGCUUUCGGUAGCUUUAAUCUGUUAGACAUUUGAGGGAGUGUUUCGCUUGCUGUUCUUUUUAGAGGCCCGGUUUUUAUUGCUCAAGAAAAUUCAGGUCGCGAGGUUCGAGCGUUGAAAAGCAGUGAAGAAGUUUCAACUCAGACAAACGCCGCAUCUCCACGAGGAAAUCCGAAGUUGAGAAUCGAAGAGAUCUCGUGACUGAGUUUCAUUUAUUUUUCUGUUUUUAUAAUUCUUGUGUUGCUGCUCAAUUGCCUGAAGAAGUAGUCAGCAAUGAAGAUGAUUUUUGCAUUCCCUGUAUGUAUGUCGGUGGUGAUUUUGGCGUCGGCUCAGACGGAUCAGAAGAAGAACUGCAAUGAAGUCAGAACUGCCUACAGUUCGAAAGGCUUCAACGUCAAUGAUGUUCCCAACAAAGGAGUACAGGGAGCCCAUCUGAAAGUGUGUCCUCAAGGUUUCUCCUGCUGUACUCUGGAGAUGGAGGAGAAGUUGAGUCAGCAGAGCCGUACGGACCUGAAAGCCCCCGUCCAUCAGCUUAGCUCCAACCUGCAGAGCACCUUCACCCAAAGACACAGUCACUUUGACCAGUUCUUUAGAGAGCUGUUGAACAAUGCUGAGAAAUCCCUACACGACAUGUUUGUGCGGACUUAUGGCUUGAUGUACGUGAAGAACGCGGAGCUAUUCAAGCAUUUCUUCCACGAGCUACGCCGCUACUAUUCCCACGGGAGCAGCGCCGUCAACCUGGACGACAUGCUGGCAGAAUUCUGGGCAGAGCUUCUGGAGCGCAUGUUCCGAUUGGUCAACGUUCAGUACGAGUUUACUGAAUCAUACAUGGAGUGCGUCAGCAGGCACAUGGAGCAGCUCAAGCCCUUCGGCGAUGUUCCGCGCAAACUCCGCCUGCAGCUGACCCGCUCCUUCAUCGCGGUCCGCACGUUCACCCGCGGCCUGGCGCUCAUGCCUGAGGUUGUGGGCAAAGUGUCCACGGUGAACGCUUCACCAAGCUGUGUGCGAGCAGCUAUGAAGAUGUUAUACUGCCCGUACUGUACUGGCCAGGUGGCACUGAAGCCCUGUAAGAACUACUGUCUCAACGUCAUGCGUGGCUGCCUUGCCAAUCAGGCGGACCUGGACACAGAAUGGAAUAACUUUCUGGAUGCCAUGUUUGGUCUUGCUGAGAGACUGGAGGGGCCCUUUAACUUCGAAUCAGUCAUGGAUCCCAUAGACGUGAAGAUUUCUGAUGCCAUCAUGAACAUGCAAGAGAACAGCAUACAGGUCUCGCAGAAGGUGUUCCAAGGUUGUGGGCAGCCCAAACCCAACAGUGCCUUCCGCACCCGGCGCUCUCCUAGAGACUCGGGGUUCCCUGGGCGAUUCCGCCCCUACAGCCCUGAAGCCAGACCCACCACUGCAGCUGGCACCAGCCUGGACCGAUUAUUGACGGAUGCCAAAAAGAAACUGAAGCAUGCCAAGAAGUUUUGGUCCACCCUGCCAGACACUGUGUGUGUUGGAGAUAGGGUUGCCCCGGGUGAGGAGUGCUGGAAUGGCACAGCUAAAAGCAGGUAUGAAUCUGUUGUCAUGGGCAAUGGCUUAGCCAAUCAGAUUUCUAAUCCUGAUGUGGAAGUUGACAUCACCAAACCAGACAUGGUGAUUCGGCGGCAGAUUGCAGUCUUGAGAGAAAUGACCAGCUGGCUGAAGGCGGCUUACACUGGCACCGACAUCUCAUUUGUCAAUGAGGAUGCCGGCAGCGGAGAGGAAAGUGGAAGUGGCUGCGACUCGCCCUCUUGCGAAAAAGACAAUGACAUCUACUUCUCCACACCAACACCUGUAAAACCACGAAUCAAGAAGCCUCAAAAUGAUGGGCAACCCUCUAGUGGUACCCGGUUGACACCCUGCAGCCUGGCACUGGUUGUGGCAGCACUCCUGCUGGCUUUGCUCACCCCCCACACAAGCUAAGACUAGUCGAGCAAUGAAGAGGAUGAGUGUUUGCACGAAAUUAAAAGAGCAGAAAACUGCCAUAGGACUUUACAGAGACUGCUUUCAAGAUCACUGUCUGCCUGCCAUCUGGGAAAGACACUCAAGUUAUUAAUAUUCAAAUAACUUCCCAUCAGUGUUUUUUGUUUUGUUUGUUUUUAUAAGAACGGACUUCAUUUAUGUACAGCUAUAUGUUUCCACGCAGCAUUACACUUCCUUUUUGUUAAAUCUUUUAGCAGGGUUUUAUUUCUCCGUGUUUGUAGUGUUCAGAAUCAACUGUUCCUCAUGAUUGUUGUUUUCGGUCAAGGCUCUAAAUGAGCAACUGCCAUUUGUUUAAAAGUAGGUCAGACUGUGUGAGUGGAUGUGUGUUUGUAUAGAUCAUCUGUGUGUGAAUCUGAGCGCUUUUCCUAAGGUAAAUAAUUAAUCUAUAUAACAUGUUUAAACUGAUUUAAGCAAAGCUGUAUGAAGUAUUCAGACUUUUUAGACAGACUUUUUGAGUGUGUGGGUGGAGAGUAUGUGUGCUUGGAUGCUUCAGUUAGCUGAUCAUACUGUAUAUUAGUUCUUGGAUGUUAUUGAGGUAGAGAAAAACCACAUGAUGCCUUACAUUCUGAAAAGUUUUCAUUUGCAAAUAAGGGCUGGCAAACAAGAACAUCAAGUGCAAACAGUGCUGCCUAAUGAAUGAAAUCAUAGAGGCACGGGCUCCUAGACACGGGUCAGGAACAGUUGUUCAGCUGAUAGGUUUGAUAAAGUUUGUCAGGGAGUAAAUCAUUUGUAUUUGGCAGGUUUUAUUUUUAUUUUAUUUUAUUUAUUUUUUUUAUUUCUUUUUUAUGUCUUCAUUUCCAAGCAAGUUUCACAGCCUCUUCUCAUAGCAUCCCAAAUAAUUUCAGUGGUUCAACAAAUAAAUAACUUGAGAAUAUAGUCUUUACUAAUGACUUAACUGUGUGCAUUGUGUGUCAUGAAGGAAUGAGCUUUGGUUUGGUAAGGUCUGUUUGAUCUGAAAGUUGAGCCGUUGAUGAAAAGGCCUCCUCAAAGAAGGCAGAACUAACAAUGGUCCAUCAUGCGGACAGACAUGUGAAGACAUGCAUCCUGCAUGAUGUAGACAUUAUGGCCUGAGUAAAGUUGCAAUGUUAUGUGUAGACGUAUUGUGAACUAAUAGGAGGACCAGCUGGACAAGAGUGUACACUACAGAUGGCUUCAGUGUGAGCUGUCAUAGUGGAAACGAAUAAUGAUGAAAUUUACACAGGGUUUUAUGUGGAGGUGUUUAAUUUGCUAGAAGUUUAUUGUAAGGUAUAAAUGGUAUGAAACUAUAUAAUAGGUACUGCAACAAAUUUCACUCGACCCGAAUGGCAACCAGUGCUGAUUUUAAAGGGUGGGUGGCUUUUUGGAUUUCUAUCUUUUUGUUUAUUUUUUCUUUUAUUAUUUUUUUUCCCAUUCCCGGCUGAUUUCAUCUGAUAGUUAGUCUAAUGCUGCAUUGGUACGGUAUUUGAAACCAUUCCUCAUAUGCAGCAAUAGACAGUGUGUAUGGUACGAAUCCAACACCAGUCAACUGUUAUAUAUGUUUUAUGCUUUUUUUAAUCUACGUGGCAUGUGGGUUCCCAUUCAAAUGUCUGGAAAGUAUACUAACGCUCCCUCAAAGCUUUCCACUCACCGCUCAGAAAACUAUUCCCCACUCACUGUUGUACAGUAAGUUAUUUAAUCACAUCUCUUUUUAAAAUGAAUUUGCAAACAUGCUUCCUUAGGUAUCUUAAUUUCAGUAUUCAAAAUAUUUAUAGGUGAACGCGUUCUAAUGAUUUCACAAUUUAACUGAUGGUUUUAUAUUGGCUUCAAAUUUCAUGUUAUGUAAUAUGUAGAUUUUGUAAACCUAGCUACCAUAAGCAGUUUUAUUUUUCAUUAUAGAUUUAUGUAAAGGGAGUGUGUACAAAUUGUACAAGCUGAUGCAAGGACAGGGCUGGCCAUAAGUCCUUGAUUGUUCCUGAUGUCACAUGCACUUUUAAUUGGCAUUCAGAUACCUCACAGCAAGAGAGUUUUAAUCAUAUCUGCAACAUGCAUUUUAGCCUAAAUGCUAUUUGAUUUAUUCAUUGUUAUUAAUUCAUCCCAAUGGGUGUGCCUAUGGAUGAGUGGCCAGUCCUAAGACAUGAAAAGAAACUUGUCAGGGGCCUUGAAACGGUGACAAUCUCUGUUUGGCAGUAAUGCUCCACACCUCAAAUUGGUUUUGUUUUUCCAGGCCAAUGUGUUGUGUGCCACAAAUAGGAAGCAAUAUGUGUUUUCAAUCUUUUUGUAUGAUCCAAAGCUUCCCACUGUCACAUGUUAAGAUGUUUUUGAUGUAAAGACCAGAAAAGGAAGCAUCUUGUUCUUAACUAGUAUAUGUUGAGCUACUCCGAAUCAAUUUGAAGAUGACAUGGACACUUGAUUGCAGAGGAUCGCUCUCCUGAUACAGUGUCAUCUUAGUCUGAAUACUGAACUUCAGAUGGACUGAUUGCAGUUGUCAUUUGCCUGCAUCCCUGUACAUCAGUGGAGUCAUCUUUCGAUGAGGAGUAAGAGAGACUAAAGAAAGAAGAGAAUUGUAAAUAAAGAGCAGUCAUUUUAGUGGUCUCUGAGAGAUGUUCAUUGGAUUUUACCCAUUCAGAGUAUCUGCUUAAUACAGGCAAAGCAAACAGAUAGAUGCUAAAAAUGUAAGAGAAAGUUAUAUUAAACAUUUCCUAGUCUUGUUGAAAUAAAGACUGCAGAUAUUUAAAUGGGUUGUCAUUUGUGCUCUGUUCUACCACCACUGUUUAACUACUGUGUAAAUAACAUGAUUGCUUUGAAAAUCUCUUUGGAGCAGCCAUUAAUUAAAUAUUU